AUGGCACAGGCCUUUUUACUUCCUAGUGACUGCCCAGAUCAGGUUCCCCUCAACCCCAGUGCUAUGUGGACUCAGGUUGUGGGCUCCUGCAAACCCAUCAUGGACUGCAGCCUAUUUUGUUACGGGGAAAGGAUUCAGCGCCCAGGAAUGCUAGACACCGGAGCAGAUGUUACCAUCAUCGCCUGCUCCAAGUGGCCAGACAAUUGGGAAUUACAACCUGUGACAAGCAUGAUUUCAGGAAUUGGAGGGAUGACAGCUUCCAUGAGGAGCAAAUGGAAUAUUGUCAUCGAAGGACCUGAGGGAAAAAUGGCAACCAUCAGGCCGUUUGUGGUGAGAGCACCAAUCACCUUCUUGGGGAUGGGAUCUCCGUCCCAAUGGGGGGCUUCUCUGCAGAUUCCCAGCAAGGAUUUUUAG